AUACUGGGUGUAUUGAGCCAGGACGGCAUGAUGCGUUUUAUCCACAUUCACACAUGCAGACUUCUCUUCCACAUGGGUUCCCACGAUGACGCCAUAACUACAGUGUCAGUCAGCCCCAGUGGCCGACAUGUUGUGGCUGUCAUGGAUAACGGGAGCAUCAAUAUCUACAGUGUCCAGAGUCUCACACAGGAAUUGAACAAGCCUCCUCCAUCCCAGGUAGCAGUUGUCUCAGGUGGUGAGGCUGAUCAGGACUUUUCUGGCCUUAAGGUCAAGGUCAGGUCAGAGGUUGUUCAAAGACCAGCCAGGAGCUCGGGCAGGCGGACACAAGUGAAGAUACUUAGACCCCCGACUGUGUCUGCAGCUGAGGAUAAAGAGAAUGAAUUACCAGCUGGUCUGAAUAAGAAGAGACUGGUUGCUCUGUUGAAAGCAUUCGGAGAAUAUCCUGCUAAAUACAGGAUGUUUGUGUGGAGGUCUUUGCUCUGUCUCCCAGAGAACCAUGCAGCAUACAGCAGUCUGACCGACAAAGGCCUGCAUUCAGCCUACCUCACUCUGCAUGAUAAAUACCCCAUUAAAAGUCACAAACUGCAGAGAGGACUGCAAAGGGUUUUGUCUGCCUUAGCUCACUGGGCAGCCAUCUUUGGGGAGGUGGAGUACCUUCCUCUGGUAGCUUUUCCUUUCGUCAAGCUCUUCCAGAAUAAUCCAAUGCUCUGCUUUGAGGUGGUGGCGACCGUCAUAGUGAACUGGUGCCAGCAUUGGUUCGAGUAUUUCCCCAACCCUCCUCUGAACAUCCUGAGCAUGGCAGAGAACGUUCUGGCUCAUCAUGACAAGGAGCUUCUGCAGCACCUGGUGGACUGUGGCAUCACUUCACAGCUCUAUGUGUGGCCUCUGCUGGAAACCUUGUUCUCAGAGGUCCUGACUCGUGAUGAGUGGCUGAAACUGUUUGACAACAUUUUCUCCAAUCAUCCGUCGUUCCUGCUCAUGGCCUGCACGGCCUACAUCAUCUGCUGCAGAGAACCUCUCCUGCUCUGCUCCCAGAAACAGGACUUUGAGUAUUUCUUUCACCAUCGUAACAACCUGGAUGUUGGCGCCAUGAUAAAGGAGGCCUACAGACUCAUGGGCAGCACACCAGCUGACAUCCAUCCGAGGACUUUACUCUCUGACUUUACCCCACUGACCAAAGGCCAAUACCCUGUGUUCAACCAUUACCCAGAAUUCAUAGUGGAGUACCAAAGCCGAGAGAGGGAGAAGAUUCGAUUGCAGGAGAUGGAGUAUCUUCGGGAGAGACAGGAGGUGUCAGCAUU